UAUUGAAUGUGAUUGGUGGAGAUGCUCUGCGCACCUGCGGCUGUAGCUUCUGGGGCACACCAACCAUGGGCUGCGGGGGCUCAGCGUCAGGUCGAAGGGUCAGGCUUCAAAAAACGCUCGUCUGAGCGACGGGCAGCUGGAAGCUUUGGAUUUGAGACAAAGAUGGCGGGACUGCUGGUUUUUCAGUCGGCUUCUUCUCAAGAAGUUUCACCUCAAGACUCUUCCUCUCCAUUGCCGCUGGAUGCUCGGAAAGAUCCUCAUCUCCAAGCACCUCCUUUGGUGCCUGCCGCUGAUGUUACAGCUGUGCCACCUCCCCCUCCUCCUCCUCUACCUCCUCCCCUCCCUAUCCCCCCUCAGCUUCCUGCCACUCCGUUUGGCGCCCGCGAUGCCCAGAGGCGCUCCAUGAAAAAGCUGAAUUGGGACACCAUCCCCAGCCAUUAUGUGGUGGGUAAGUUAAAUGUGUGGACGUCGCAGCGGCCUCAGAGAGACCUGGUGCUGGAUGUCCGAGCCAUGGAGGAGUUAUUUAGUCACACUGACAACCGAGCGUCGAUGCACAGUUCAAAAGUUGCGGGUGUGAGGAAGCGUGAUAGCGUGGAGCUCAGCGCACAGGAGCCUCAGGUCACAAUUCUAGACCCAAAGAGAAGCAUGAACAUUGGGAUCUUCCUGAGACAUUUCAAGAGGCCCGUGACACAAAUAAUAGAUGACAUUCAUGAGGGGAACUGGCUUCGCUUUGGAGCAGGAAAGCUAAAAGAGCUUUGUAAACUGCUGCCUGAGGAAAGUCAGCUGAAGAAGCUGCUGUCGUUCAGGGGCAACCUCUCCACAUUGCCUGAAGCUGACCAGUUUAUGGUGAAACUCGUCAAAGUGCCGGGYUAUGAGGAACGACUAAAAGCCAUGGUUCUGAGGGAGGAAUUCUUUCCUCUUAUGGAGGAAGUGAAGAAUGCUAUUACCAUCAUGACCAAAGCAGCUAAUGAACUGCUGGACUGUGAUGACCUCCAUUCAGUGAUUCGACUGGUCCUAAAAGCUGGAAAUUAUAUGAAUGCUGGUGGUCACAGUGCUAAUGCAAUCGGCUUUCGGAUGACUUCUCUUCUCAAGCUGGCCGACACCAAAGCCAACAAGCCUGGCAUGAACCUCAUGCACUAUGUUGCCAAACAAGCAGAAGAAAUCGACACAGAGCUGCUGAUGUUUCCCAACCAGCUUCAUCACAUUGGGAAGGCAUCAAGAAUCUGUAAAGAGGAUAUAAUCACAGACUUUGAGCAGGAAGUUCAGAAGCUGAAAGAAGUGAAGCUGUUCAGUAGCAAACAGGCUGGUCUCUUACAACAAAUAGAGCAAUUUCUAAAGAGGGCCGAGGCCAAGCUUGCCCAUGUGGAGACAUCUCUUCAGGAGCUGAAGAAUCUGAGCUGUGCUGUUGCAGAGUACUUCUGUGAAGACCCAGCUACCUUCAAACUAGAGGAGUGCUGCUCCAUCUUCCACUCUUUCUGUAAGAGGUUUGACACAGCUGUGCAGGAGAACCGAGAGCGAGAGGCAGCUGAACGGAGGCGAAAGCAACAGGAGAGCAUGCGCACAGCAGCUAAACGUCGCUCCACAGCGUCGUCUUCGGGUCCUGAGCCAAACRAUGACCCCUUGUGUUUGGAGUCGGCCCUGCACUGCCUCCUUACCAAAGCUCCAGAUGGUUUCAUCAGAAGCAAGAAGACCAUUCAACCCUCUGUCGAAGGAGCAGUUCCUGAUUGUCAUCCUCAAAAACCAGCGACGACAACCUCCUGCACAAGUCGAGGGCGUCCUGAGAAACAUCCAAAACUACUAUGGGAAGACAAGCAAAUGGAUAACAAAGAAGUUGAGAAAAUGCGUACGAUAACUCGGAACGUGCUUCAAUACCAAAAUGGCAAAACCUUCCCAGAUGGCGACAGUUCUUCAAGCAGUCCUCGCACCCCAAGUACCCCUCGAAGUAGAGAUUACUACUUCUCCAUUGAUGGGAACAUUGGCUCCCCRUGGACCAUUCUCAGCCCAGUCACUUCCUCCCGAAACAGACAGCCCCGUUCGUGCAAAACCUCCUCAACCUCCAGUGAAGAUGGAGUCUGGGAGACUGAUGAGAACAGCUCUCUGCUCAACGCCUGCAGUCGAGAGACUCUGACAUCUCCAUCUGGAGGAUCUGCAUCUCUUCCCGAGUGUCUUCGUCAGAGAGCURUGUCGAAGCGUCCACCCUUCCGGUCCGGUUCUGUGGAUGAAACAUCACAAUCUGCAACUGGCUUUCGACUGGAGUAUUUGUUCCAGAGGAGCCACUCUCAAAGGUCUAACUCCUCUGGCUCAAGGACUGCAAGUAUGAAAGAAGAASGAGCCCACAGCAAGGUGGGGAGUCAAGCAGAGGGCAGGUUUAUAUCCUUCUUCAAACGCAUCGGGAGCAAAAGUAAGCUGGGUGAUUCAGAGGAGCAAAACUUCAGAGGAUUCAAUACUCGAUGAGGCCAAGGCCAAGCUUUGUCCAAAUUUUUCUAUUUUUUAAAUGGUUAAAACCAGACUUUUUGAAUGUUUGUAUUUUUUAGGCCUUCAUUUUUACCCUUUAAUGUAAACAAGGCAAUCAUGAACUUGCUUUGAACACUGAGGGUAUAGAUCGAUGGUUAGAAAUCCUUACAGCUGUCUUUGGUUUUUGUUUUUGUCUUUUUUUAAAUACAAUAAAUGGUGAUGUUCUACCUUUUAAGA